AUGGAUUCUUCAGAAUUACCUGAAAAAUUUCGUCUGACUGACAAGCUCUCAUUUGAGGCAUUUAAGUCUGGAUCUGAACUUGAAAUUGCACGCUAUGUGUUUGGAUACCGCAGUAGCUUAAGAAAACAGGAUUUUUUUCAGGUUGUAGAUUCAAUUCUGUCUUCUUUUUUUUUUUUUUUCCUUUCCAGGAGGAGAGAUUCUGAGCUGUAUAAGUUUGUGGAAAAUUUAUUCUAUCAUCCUCUAUUCAAGUCUAUUAUGAUCAGCAGCAUUACGCUCAAUGCGAUAUUCUUGUCUUUAGAAACUGAUUAUAAAGUUCGUUACGAGUAGGUAGCAGAUCUGCUCAUUUUAGCCAUCUAUACCACAGAAUUUCUAAUGAGCCUUUACUUGGAUCCGGUUAAUUAUUGGAAGGACGGUUAUAAGCGUUUUGAUGCUACUGUCCUUUUCAUUGCUUACCUCCCAUACACCAUUGACCGCAGCAACCCAAAAAUGCACCAUACUGUAACUAUGCUGAAAGGAUUCCAAGCUCUCCGAGUCCUCAAGCUGCUCUACUAUAGUCCAGGGAUAACUAAUCUAUUGGCAGCUAUGGGCCAGACUGUGAAAAAUGUAAUCUAUGUCCUUGUCUUAUUGUUCUUGCUAAUGUUUAUCUUUGCUAUUCUGGGACAUGGUUUGUAUGGAGACUAUGAACAUGGAGAUCCACGGAACUGGGGCAGCUUAGCAGCUGCCUUUUUUACACUCUUCAGCUUAGUAACGGUUGAUGGAUGGACAGACUUACAGGAAGAAUUGGAUAAUAAAAAGUUUGUUACAAGCCGAACAUUCACAAUAGUAUUCAUUCUGCUAGGAUUUUUUGUAUUUUUCAAUAUGUUUAUUGGAGUUGUCAUUAUGGAUAUCCAGCACUCAACUGAGCAAUAUGAGGAAAAACUGAAAGAAGAAAGGCAAAUUACUUUGAUUGCAAAGAAGCAGGCCAUCCUAAAAAGGCAACAGGAAGAAAUAUUUGAAUUGUUCAAUCUGCAGAAAUCAACUGAGUACAAAACUUUUGAUGAAAUGGUGGAAAGCUUUAAAAAGAGCCUGCUUCAUUCAGAUCCUAUGGUCUUGGAAGACUUCUGUGCCAGCCUGCCAUUCAUUGACCUCUAUUUGGCAUCCCUUGAUCGUCAGGAUGCCACUGUGUACAAGCUGCAAGAUCUCUACUAUGAAAUUGUUGCCAUUUUGUCUACCCUGCUAUACCAUUCCCAUGAAAAGACUUUGCAAUCUCUGCAGUGCUUUAAGGGAAAAUCUAGGUAG